UCUUGGUGUGCUUUUUUAAGAAGACACUGCACAGCCAACUCUGCUUAGUUUUCCCACACAUUGCAGGUGGUUUGAAUGGGAUCAUCUCUGCAUUCCUUUUCAAGUCUUCAUUUCUAUGAAGUCAUGCCUGAUUCCCAUGCGACUGUACCACUUCAAAUGUCCAGGGAGUGAAAGGUUGAGGGUGUGGUGGAAUCACUGCUUGUCGUUAAAGUUGCCUACAAUUUGGCCUCAGCUUAUGGCUGUCUCACCAACGUUGUUUCCUUUGCUCCCAGGUGGAUUUUGUAUACCCCUAUACAUCCCGUACAUUCUGACUGAUGAAUGGAAAUUUGGAAGAGGCCUGUGUAAGCUCUGGCUGGUGGUCGAUUACCUAGUCUGCACCGCCUCCGGAUUCAACAUUGUCUUGAUCAGUUUUGACCGAUUCAUCUCUGUAACGAGGGCGGUGAGCUACAGAGUUCAGAAAGGGAUGACCAAAAGCACAGCGGCGAAGAUGGUUAUGGUGUGGAUUGCAGCAUUUCUCCUCUAUGGUCCAGCCAUUAUCAGCUGGGAGUAUAUAGCCCAGCAGAGCAUCAUCCCUGAGAACAAGUGCUAUGCUGAGUUCCACUACAACUGGUACUUCCUCAUGAUCGCCUCCACCAUUGAGUUCUUCACGCCGUUCAUCAGUGUCACCUACUUCAACUUGCGCAUCUAUUUCAACAUUCGCAAGCGGACACCGGUCAGAAGCGAGAGCUCCUCAGAAGCCCGAAAGGACUGCGAACGUUUUUGCUGCAGGAAGAAACGAGAGCACGUCGUAGCUUUCACAAAAAGAGAGAACAAGAGGAACGAAAAGGUAAGCAGCUUGACCCGUAGCAAACCUGCGGUGGGGAAGCUCGGCACCCAUGACCUCCAGACUCCCUCAGUGGAGCUUAACAUCAAUCAAGACUUUCCACCUUGGCAGGUAGACAUCCAAACCAAAUCACCGUGGGACGGCGUCUACAAAGCUCUGGAGAACCUAUCUGGCACCAUGCGGGAAGCAGAGGUGGCCAAUACUGCAGCUAGCCGGUUUAGGCUUUCCCGAGAUAAGAAAAUAGCCAAAUCUUUAGCCAUUGUCGUCUGCAUCUUUGCUGUAUGUUGGGCACCCUACACUCUUCUAAUGAUCAUCAGAGCAGUUUGUCACGGGAGAUGCAUCCACCAUGACCUCUAUGAAGUAUCGUUUUGGCUGCUGUGGUUGAAUUCAGCUAUUAAUCCCGUAUUAUAUCCUUUGUGCCACAUCAGUUUCAGAAAAGCCUUUCUGAAAUUGCUCUGCCCGGCCAAGGCAAAAAUCCACCCUAAUGUUUUUACGUGAGAGACAAUAGUGAGGAGACGUUUCUGCAUAGGUACCUUUGACGUAGAAUCACUGAACACGAACUUAUCCUUCCAAGUAGGAAAGGCAAAUUCAAAUGUUCGAUCCUGAGAGAUUUAGAUUUCUACAUCUUUUGGGCAAAAAUGAAUUAGAGAAAGCUCAACCUUGAUUUCGGAAAAUGCAAGAAAUUUGCAGUACUUUGCAGUGCUUGUGUAUGCAAAUGAGGACUAAUUUAUUCUCCGGUACCUAAGCUCAACACGCUUUGUAAAUUCCCAACCGAGUCCUCAUUCUUAAGAAACAAUGUAAUUCUGAUAAAGCAAUUUAACUAGAGGACAUUUGUACACUUGUGUUGAAGUAAUUGCAAAUUUUUUAAAAAGGGAGUUUCGUUUUGCACUGAUGUGGAUUUUUUAAAAAGAAUUACUUGUCCACUUUAUAUUGCAGAAAACACAGUGCAAUGGAGCAUCUCUUGCUAGAUGUACUAGUCUGUGGCCUUGCUCAUGCGCAGUGAUGUUUUCCCAAGGAUUACUCAGUUCCAAGGAAUUAUUCCAAUUCCACUUGGCAAAAUGCCACUCCUAAGCAAAGGUAAAAGGUACAGGUGGCUCCUGCAGACUUUAUUCAUGCUCAUCUCCAUUUUAAGGCCAUUGAGUCAGCACUGUCCGAAGACAUU